AUUUCUUUGACAAAUUGCACCCGGCAGGCUAGAGGGCAGUGUGUCUAAGGUGUGACAUGAGGGGCAAAGGCUAGAGAGGCUGUCCCUCUGCCUGCAGUUACACACUAGUUCUAGGCUUAUCCUCACUCAACAAUGUGGAGGCACAUGAGUGACUCAGCUAGGUGUCAGCUGUGGCUUUAAAUCAAAGCUAGCAACAUCAUUUUGAUUAAGUUCAAAGUUAUAUCUCAGAGCUAGCAGACAAGUCGAAACAGAAAGAACAACGGAAUUAAAGUUGAGUAAAAUACCAUCUGUGAUGUUAGUAAAGUGUGUGCACAGGCCAUAUUAUGUGUCUUGGACCAAGUCGUAGAAUUGGGCACCGGAGCCUGAUAGGCAUUCUCCUGCUGGGCUGCUUGCUGACCUGUCUACUGUACCGCCCCACUAUCACUUGGCUCCCUGUCCUGGCCAAGCACUUCCAGGCGGAGCACAAACAGGACGUUACCGUGCUGGUCUGGCACUGGCCAUUUGACCAUCCCUUCAAACUGAACUCCUGCAGGUCCCUGUAUAACAUUGAAGGCUGUCACCUGACAGACGACAGAGAGCUGUACAGUCAAGCGGACGCCGUUCUCAUCCACCACCGAGAAAUCAAAGAGGAUUUAUCCAACCUGCCCCAAGAACCACGGCCCUCCUUCCAGAAAUGGGUGUGGAUGAAUUUCGAAUCGCCGGCACACACGAAUAGAAUACCUGGCUUGGAAGAUCUGUUUAAUGUGACUUUGAACUACAGGCAGGAUGCAGACAUCAACAUGCCUUAUGGCUCUCUCGUCCUUCGGACUAAAGAGAAGGAGGAGUUUGUCCCGCACAAAAACCGACUGGUCUGUUGGAUCGUUAGCAACUGGAAGCCAGAACACAAGAGGACUUGGUACUACAUGGAGCUGCGCAAAUUCAUCAGGAUUCACACCUACGGGGACCCUUUCAAUAAAAAGGUGUCUCUUAGUGAAUACAGAAUGAUCGUGGCCAGCUGUAAAUUCUACCUGUCUUUUGAGAACUCUGUCCAUAAGGACUACAUCACAGAAAAACUCUACAACGCUCUCAAGUUGGGUGCUGUUCCUGUGGUGAUGGGCCCGUCAAGAGAGAACUACGAGAAGUUCAUCCCUGGAGAUUCCUUCAUCCAUGUGGAUGACUUCCGCUCGUCAAGAGCCCUGGCCAAACAUCUCCUCUUCCUGGACAAGAAUGAGGAGAUGUACCGUAAAUACUUCAAGUGGCAGAGGAGCCACACAGUUAGCAUCAACGACUUCCCCAUUCAGACAGCCUGCAACAGCUGUGAAUACAUCAGACGCCACCCUGAGAAUCAGAUGGUUACUGAGCUCUAUAAAUGGUUCUGGGAGGAAGGAUGAUGAGACGCUUGGAGUGAAUCUACUACAAAUCUACAAUAUCUACUUCUUCCAUAAUCAGGGAUGGGGAAAAACUGAGCAAAAUGUAUCUUUUACACAAUGGCAAAAGUGCCAAAAAUGAUAUUUAAUUAAAGGACAGUGUUGUGUUUUCAGAAAAAGACUGAAAAUACAUUCACCGAACAUCCCCCACUUGAACAAUUGUUAAUGGGGUGUUACAAGUAAUUUGGAUAUUUUUUAAACUUUUCUAUUGAUUUUACUUUUCUUCAAUCCUCUUUGAUCUACUGAUGUUAACUGCCAUACCACCCACCACCUCUAUCUGCUUGUUUACUACUGGGUCGUUCCACGAAAAGAGUGUCUUUCACAUCCCUUUUUACAUUGGGGCACAAUAUAGAAAUUCUGCACCAAUAUUGAAUUUGAAAAGCCUGUUAUAAUAAAUGAAGUGCCAAAAUUCAGCAUUUUGACAUGUCCCUCUGUCAACCCUAUCACUUCUAGGAAGAUUUUAACCCACUUAAUCCCCAAAUUUCUCCAAGUUUC